AUGGCAAGCCGAGAGGAGGAAACGUACUGCCGCCCGCAAAAGGCCGAUGAAAGCAACACCACAGCUCGAAUAGAUUUUGUCACUCUUGGAAUGCUCAUAUUAGACGAUAUAGACUUUCGACCCCCAACGGAGCCAGUCCGCGGUGUGCUCGGCGGAGCAGGUACAUACUCAGCGCUGGGAGCACGUUUGUUCUCCCCGCCGCCGCUGUCGCGCUCUGUCGGCUGGGUUGUAGACAAAGGCUUCGACUUUCCUGGCAAACUCUCAAGCUUGAUUGAUAAUUGGGACACUGGUGCAGUCGUGCGUCAGGACCACAGCCGUCUGACAACCAGAGGAUGGAAUGGUUAUGUCGACCCAGCGGACCGGCGGGCCUUUAAGUAUACCACAUUGAAAAAGCGCAUUACCUCAGAAGACCUCACGCCGAGUCUUCUAUUUUCAAAGUCUUUCCACCUAAUUUGCUCCCCAACUCGCUGCCAGGAGCUCAUAACUGACAUCAUGUCACGCCGCAAAGCGCUUGUCACACGGAAAGAUUCGUACACCAAACCUAUAUUUGUCUGGGAGCCGGUCCCUGAUCUCUGUACUCCAGAUGAACUACUCAACUGCACAAAUACAUUACGCCUUGUAGACAUAUGUAGCCCGAACCAUGCCGAGCUGGCAGGAUUCAUGGGUGAUGAUGGGCUUGACCCCGAAACUGGUGAAGUGUCGACGCUAGGCGUAGAACGUGCCUGCGAACAGCUACUCGCCAGCAUGCCGCUGCAGUCAUAUGCCCUUGUUGUCCGGGCCGGAGAUAAAGGCUGCUACAUCGCAAAAAACGGUGGAAGAAAGCGGAGAUUAGGGGACGGCAAAACCUCCAAAUCAAAAAAGACACUGACACAUGGUGCAUUGCGGCCUGAUACAGAUAUGGAAGCAUUAUUCGCUGGACUCUUGCAAGAUGAGAAUGGCAUUGUCGCGCGCGAAGAGAUUGAACUUGACCCAGGGUUGGAAAAAUGGGUUCCUGCUUACCACCGAGAUGGCCGCAAGGUGAUUGACCCGACAGGAGGCGGCAAUGCCUUUCUCGGAGGAUUAUCAGUGGCUCUGGCUCGCGGGGAACGGCUAGAGAACGCAGUGGCCUGGGGUUCAGUCAGCGCGAGUUUCGCGAUUGAGCAGGUUGGUCUGCCAUCGCUGGCCGUGAACGAGGAGGGUGUAGAGACAUGGAACGGGGAGGAGGUACGACAACGUCUCCAGGCAUUCCAACGACGACUCUAA